AUGCCUCAAUUCAGUUCCACUGAGACCCUGAGUGAUACCAAGGGUCCCGGCCACACGCGCAAUAAGAGACCUACGCUCAUCACUCAGGAUGAUGACGAUGUCACAGCACCUUCAAUACCAACCAAAGUAACCUCAACAACAGAGAAGGAGAUCGAAACGCCCACAACCCCAGCACCAUAUUUACCCAACCUCGAGGGCCAAACCGAACAGCUAUCGCCAUAUCAUGUCUUCUCUCGAGGACAAAAGCUAGAGAUGGUCUACAUAGUCUCUUUCGCCGCCAUCUUCUCCCCAUUGUCCUCCAACAUCUACUUCCCUGCGAUUGCACAGAUCUCGCGCGUCCUGAACGUCUCCAUCUCCCUAACCACCUUGACUGUCACGAUCUACAUGAUCAUGCAGGGACUUUCCCCUAGUUUCUGGGGUUCAUUCUCCGAUGUUCUUGGCCGCCGUACGAUAUUUAUCGGAACAUUUAUCGUCUACAUUGCGGCCAACAUUGCCUUGGCUGUCUCUACAAACUAUGCUGAGCUUAUGGUGUUCCGAGCCAUGCAGGCGGCCGGCAGUGCUGCCACUAUAUCCAUUGGUGCCGGUGUGAUUGGCGAUAUCACCACCUCGGCAGAGCGAGGCAGUCUCGUUGGCAUAUUCGGUGGAGUCCGCAUGUUGGGACAAGGAGUGGGCCCCGUCUUUGGCGGUAUCUUGUCUCAAUAUCUUGGUGUUUCGGCCAUCUUUUGGGGCCUGGCGAUCGUAUCUGGAAUAAGCAUGAUGUCUAUCAUUUGCUUCCUCCCUGAAACCCUCCGCCCCAUCGCUGGAAAUGGUACCGUCCCUCUCCACGGAGUGUACAAGCCUUUGAUCUACUACGUCACUGGACAAAAGGACGCCAUUGAAGGCGCACAGCCAACUGGAAAGAAGGCCCAGGUCACCUGGAAAACCAUCUUCGAACCACUCACCUUCUUGGGUGAGGCUGAUGUCUUCCUCACCUUGUUAUACGGUAGCAUCGUGUACACUGUCUGGUCCAUGGUCACUUCUUCCACCUCGGCUUUGUUUGAAGAAAUGUAUGGUCUGAACACUCUGGAGAUCGGCUUGACUUUCCUCGGCAAUGGAGCUGGAUGCAUGACCGGCUCCUACACCAUAGGAUACCUCAUGGACUUCAACUACAAAAAGACUGAGCGUGAAUACUGCCAGCAGCACAACCUCCUCGCUGGUACCCGCAUCACCACCAAGUCGCACCCCGGCUUCCCCAUUGAAUACGCCCGCACGCGCAACACCUGGUGGAUCACAGUAAUCUUUGUUAUCUGUGUCGCGGUCUACGGUCUCUCCCUUCGCACCCACCUCGCAGUUCCCAUUACUCUGCAGUUCAUGAUUGCGUACGGUUCCACCGCCAUCUUCACCCUCAACAGUGCCCUCGUCAUCGAUCUCUACCCCGGUGCCAGCGCUAGUGCAACAGCCGUCAACAACCUAAUGAGAUGUCUCAUCGGUGCAGGCGGUGUUGCAGCUGUCCAGUAUAUCAUCGACGCUCUCACUCCUCUGUAUACAUUCUUACUGCUAGCUGGCAUCGUCAUCAUUAGCAUUCCACUUCUGUUCGUCGUGGCGCGAUGGGGCCCCGGAUGGCGGCAUAAGCGCAAUGGCCGCCUGUCGAAAAAGGCUAAUAAGGCUCAUAUCCUGAACGCUUGA